AUGUUAUCUCCUGCUCUUCUUGCUACCGCGGCCACGGCCGUCUCCGGUGCCGCUCUGGCAUCUCCCCCUCUCAAAGUCAUUAGCUACAAGACCACAUCUGGAGGCUUCAAUUCCCCAGCUCGUGGCUGGAACUCAUUUGGCCUACAGGCAAAUGACGUCGGCUCUGGCUUCUCCUUUGAUCAGGACCAUGUAAUUACACAAUGCGAUCUCAUGGCUCAGACGCUUUCUGCUGGAAACUACACGUACUGUAGUCUCGACUCGGGCUGGUCUGUCGGUGGCAACGGUGAUGACUAUGGACGCAUCUUGUAUGAUGCGCCUAAAUGGGAUAUCCCCAAGUUAGCAGACCAUCUACACUCCAAAGGCCUGAAGCUAGGCGUUUACGUCGUCCCUGGUGCUUUCAUUGCCGACCUCGACAAGACCAUCUUUGGCACAACCACCAAAAUCAAGGACGUCUGCUCUGGCGACGAAGGCCUCGUUCGCUGCAUCUUUGACUACACCCGCCCCGAGGUCCAGACAUGGCACAACUCUGUCGUUGACCAGUUUGCCAAAUGGGGCGUUGAUUUCAUCAAGCUAGACUUCAUCACGCCUGGCUCUCCCGACAACGGUCAACAUCUUCCUGAAGACCAGAGCGCAGCCGUCCCAGCAUGGCGAGAGGCUAUCCGCCAAUCUUCCCGGCCCAUGCGUCUCGACAUCUCGUGGAAGCUCGACCGCCGUGAAAAGUACUUCCGUAUCUGGGAUGCCAAUUCCGAGUCCAUGCGUACCGACCAAGACAUCAACAAUGGCGGCGAGCACACCUUUAUCCGCUGGGCCACAGUCCAGCGCGCCAUCGACAACUACCGCCAGUGGAUCGUGGCCGCUUUGCCCAUCUUUGAUCAGCUCUCGGUGUACCCUGACCUUGAUAACCUCUAUGCUGGCAAUGAUGCCAACAUCACUGGUGUCUCCGACACUCAGCGUCGUACUAUCAUGACGCAUUGGAUCGCGGCUGGUGCGAACCUCAUCACUGGCUCGGAUCUCGCUCGCAUCGACAAACUAGGCCUGGAGCUCUUGACGAACCGCGAUGCUCUGGCUGUAGCAGAUUUUACGGCAAAGUACCCAAUGCAGCCUCGUAAUCCAGGGUCGGGUGGUCAAGCUGCAAAGCAGCUCCAAGCCUGGGUUGCUGGACCGGACGCAUCAGGUCGCGCAGUGGUUGUCCUUGCCAACUACGGCCCCGACCAGGGCCAGGGCGGCUUUCGAGGAAAUGGACUCAAGGGAAAGCAAAAGCUUAGUGUGUCUUGGAGUGAUCUCGGCAUCUCAAGCUCUCGCAAGGUAAAGAAUGUCUGGACAGGCAAAGACCUUGGUAUGCAAAAGGAUAGCCUGACCUUUACCCUGGGCGAAGGCGAGAGCGUUUUGCUCUGGGCAAAGAAAUGA